AUGGAUAGUAAUUUAGGUUCUGUGACGACCACAAAGGAUGCACGUGCAGUUAUUGAAGAGGUGGCUCGGCGAAAAGGCAGCUUUACACAUGCAUUCAGACUAGAAGCAGAGGAAGAAGCCAGAAAUGGCCGCAGCAGCAUGUUGCAGUUGAUUGAGGGCGGCGAAGAAAUUCGAGAAGACUUGGCACAGACACUGAAAAUCAUAUCAACCGACCUGUAUACGAGUCGCGCGCGAUUCCUGAUGGAAGUUAUUCAGAAUGCUGACGAUAACAAAUAUGCAGAGGGUGAGACGCCAACGGUGUCUAUUACUGUCACUCCCCAACAUGUCAAGAUUGGAUGCAAUGAGGAGGGCUUCUCCAGAGAGAACAUUCUGGCGCUGUGUCGAUCGGGCCGGAGUUCCAAAAGACCUGGCCAAGGAUACACGGGCGAAAAGGGCAUCGGCUUCAAGUCCGUCUUCAAGCUCGCCAACCGGGUACACAUACGCUCUCCGCCUUACUACUUUCAGUUGGAUCAGACAAGAGAGCUCGGCAUGAUUACGCCGCAGUGGGACGAAGACUACUUUGAUAACCAUGAGAAAGAAUAUCAGACGACCAUCGUCCUAGACCACAUCUGUGACCAAAGCACAAACUUUUCAACUGCGCUAGAAGACGACAUUGACGCAAUCGACCCUGUGUUCGUUCUUUUUCUGCGGCGUAUAGAACGAUUAGAUCUUACACUCUUCAACUCCCUCUCGCGUGAUGAGCCGGUCAUCUCAAAAAGCUUUCAACUCGUCAACUGGACGCCAGGUUCUGGAAUUGUGUCCAUCAAAGACGAAAAUGCCAACACGAUGCGGCAUUUAUACAAGCACCAAUUCACCAUUAAGUAUGAAGGCACAGAAACCAGACGAGAAGAUAUUACAGAGACCGACAUUGUUUUGGCAUUUCCAGUGAAAAAGGAAUCGGGCACGUAUCUAGCCUCGAUACGGAAGCAGAACUUUGCCUUUGCGUACCUGCCUCUUGGGGACUUUGGAUUUAAGUUUGUUAUUCAGGCUGAUUUUCUUACCACGUCGAAUCGGCAAUCAGUCAAUGAAGAUAAAGACUGGAACAAAAAUAUUGCAGCCGCGAUUCCGCACGCUUUUGAGGCAGCUAUCGACGAGUUCAACUUUUGUAGCAGCAACUCAGACUUGGAGGAGCUUUCAAAAACAUGGCCGCUCUACCUCAGUCACAACUUUCAUGUCUCUAGCCCGUACUGGCGGAAUAUAGCAGAUAACAUAAAUGAGCAUCUCAGCAGAGCACUUAUCGUUAAAGACCGAACCGGCAUGGUCCAGGCGCCUAAAAGUCUCAUGUUUUUGGACUGGGCACACGAUCGCAAUGGUAAACCGAUGUUUGGGCCAAUGUGUAACUAUGUCUGCGAUGACUAUCCAGGGUCGGUCCGCGAGGCGCUCAUGUCGUUAGGUAUCACUGCCCCUGACUGGAAGUGGUUGUGCUCCAAGAUUCAGGAGCUCCACAAUACACAUAUGCUUUCCAUCAAAAUGCAAAGCAAAGAGUGGUGCUCGGACCUUGCUAAAGUGAUCCUUGAGCCACAGGAGUCUAGGGGUGACAGCAAUUAUGCAAGAGACCUGAAAGAUAUUCCUUUAAUCCCCAUGGCCACCGGCACCUGGAAGUGCCCUCCCUCUGCAGAUGAUCCAAUCUACUUUCCAGCGAGCUCCGGAACGAUCAUUCCACCGGGGCUGCCAUUGUCUCUGGUCGACGAGGAAGCUUGCGCUUGCUCCGAGAGGCGUAAGCUCUUUCGACUCCUUGGGGUAAAGGACUGUAACGUCCCAAAUGUCGUCAAGCAGAUCCUCGACUAUCACUCCAAGUUGAAUCUUGCAGUACUUGCUCACGUCAUCGCCCAGCUAAAAUACCUCUACAAAAUGCGACAGCAUUUGCGGCCCGGCGACAUGGACAAGGUAUACUUUGCGUGUUCCGCCAGCGAGCCCCUCGAGAGAGGCACUGAGGUAUAUGCCGAUAUUACUGUUGAUAGCAAGCUGAAACAGCUUUUCUCCGCCUUCAGCGACGCGCAUUUCUUGAAUAGCAACUACUUUGUACAACUCGAACCUUUUGAAAGAGCCGAGCUUGCAGAAUGGCUGAAUGAUGUGGCAAGCGUGGCGCUAGCCCCUCGCCUCAUCUCAACCACUUCCUAUGGGCUUCACAGAGACUUUGAAUGGUUGUUGUCUAAUCAACGCGAGCAUGUCUUAGAUAUCUUGCACCAGCAUUGGUGUCUUUAUAAGAAGUGCAUGACGAGCAUAGCGAAAGACACACUAGCAGGCCAUGAAUUCGUUUGUAAGUCGGGAGAUCAGGUUGCUUUGCGUAAGACGUACCUACCUUUCCCGAAACUUUUAGAAAAGGCUCAAGAAUUUGCUUACGCCGAAUACUGCAAUUUCCUGGUGUUACCUAACGGUGAUCCAAGUGACUGGACAUUUUUAAGCGAUUUGGGUGUCGGACAAGAUGAAGGGCUCGCCUUCUAUUUAUGGAUACUUAACCAGCCCGGUUUCAAGCGACACAUGGACAUCAACAGGUCAAAAAACCUUUAUUUAGCUAUUCAGUCACGGGCCUUUUCGCCUAUUGAGAAAGUGAUGGUCAAGUCUCUCGAUAGCUGUAUCUGGGUAGGACCCAAGGGCCUCUCGUCCAAGCCUGCCUUAAACCCAAUCUACGGCCAUGAAUUGGAUCGGCUUUUCCGAGAAAUCUUGGAAGUCCCAAACGCGACGAGUGCUGAAGUUCUAGACUAUCUUGAACAGCUUAGGCACAAUGAGUCAACGACCAUGACAGAUGUCGCUGAAGUCUACGUGUUUCUACAAACCCACUAUGCAGACAAAUUUAGUGUUAAUAACCAAACCCCCUGCAUUGCCGUGCCAUCUAUGGCGGGAUCUGCCAUCGAGUGGAAAACGCCGAGUCAGUGCGUGUGGAACGACGAGGAGUUUUCGCAAAAUGAGCUCAAGCUAGAGAGCAAGACCGCUAUCCGUCGCAUCGUAGAGCAGCAUGCACCGGCAGCAAAAGCUUUUUUCACCGACAUUCUCAAACUCCCAAAUGCUGGAGUUAAUGAGCUACUUGCUGACUUGGCAUUAAUGCAAAAAGAAAAUCGCGAUGAUCCAAAGCGAGUGCAUCGGCUUUAUGAGAGAAUUGAGAGCUGCCGUCGCUCCUCGCCAGCUGCUAUAAAAAUAGCUUUCAAGAAGGCUCCCCUCGUAUUUCUUCGGGGUAUCAACAAUCAAAGGGGCCGGUGGCUAUCACUCGAGGACUGCAUCUGGACCCGGUCGGUUCUGCGGAACAAGUAUGCCCUGAUGCCUUCGUUGAAUGAUUAUCGUGAUCUGUUCCGGUUUACAUUGAAAGUACCGAAUGCAUCCGUGGACAUGCUGGUCACUGAUUUGUUGGAGUCACUAAUGUACUGCCCCAUGGAAGAUGAGGACGAUUACCAGUACGUAAAAAAGCUUCUGCAAGAAAUUGCCCGCCUGUGGAAGGACAAUAAGGAUCUAGAACGACUGCACGGCACAAAUUGCUGGCCUUGCCACGCUCCACUUCGCCAACGCGAACUUUGCUCGAUUGGAAGCUUCUACGUCAAUGACCGGCAAGAUCUAUUUAACAUCUUCUCUAACAGUUAUACCUUUCUAGAUUUCGAAUUUGACAUCUCAAAACGUCUCGCAGAUUUGCUUCGUAAUCUAGGCUGCGACUCAUUUCUGUCCGACCAAGUUGUUAUAGAUACGGAAUCUCGUGAACCGCUUGAUUUCGAUCAUGACCUUACUAGCGAGUUUCGAGGCCGUGCGGAUGCAAUUGUAAAAUAUUUUGAGCAUGUCGAGUGCAAGUCACCUUACGAGCCUCGGCGCCUUUUUGAGAAUGCCACGGUCUGGAUUAGCGCAGACAUUAAGACGCACUAUACAUUGGGAGACACUACUGUGACGAGAAAUGAGGGAGGUUCCAGUGUAAAAGUCAGCCUUGGAGAAGAUGACACGGAGAAGCUGGAAAUAUUUGUCUCGGCAAAUAAGCAGACGCGCGAUUGUGCGCUUCUCGUAGACUUACCAGAGCAGCUCGUAGCAGCAAUGGAGCUUGAACCAGCCGAUCUCCCAGAUCUUUCUUACCUCCUGAGCGUGCCACUCGCCUCACUGAAAGUGUUGCUGGUCAAAAAGGGUUUCACUGGUGGGGACGCUGCAGACGAGAACGAAGAGCAUUUGGUAGCAGAUCCAGUCAACGAAGAGUCACGGGCCCAAAGGGGUAACAGCUCUGAUGAUGGUGGUGACGAUUUGUGGAUGACGUUCAGAAGUGGUGUUCGCUCGGAAACUAGCUCGCCCCAGGUUCGCUUGCAGAAUCAUCAGAAUUUACUUUCCGAUGAGAGCCCUCGCGAUCGACCAUUUACCCCCCAUUCCACAGCAACGGGUCUAUACAGCUCGAUCAAUCGCAACCAGAACAGGACGCGUAUUGAAAGCUUCGCCCAAAAUGCAGACCCUGUAUCUAACUCUCGACGUGGAAUCUUUCAGUUUGGUGGCGGAGGUGGGAUGUUUAAUAUGAGCACGUUGAGGGAGGCCUUGGAUGUCAACGAGCCUGCUUCUGUGUCGACGCCAAUUCAAGCCAAUGUUAGUCCACGCCGACGACCGAAUCCGAUUAGAAAUCGUAAUGAGGAGGAAGUGGCCCGUGACUUUGAGGUCGGCUUCUUGGGAGAACAAUUUGUAUACACCUUACUACACGAUACGCUCCAGCUGCCCGAUUUCACGGGCGAGGAUAACUGGACCAGCUCGCUGCGCUCUCGUGCUGGUUUCUCGACCUUCGGCAUCCGCGAAGUGUCGGAUUUUACCUAUAAGGACACGCAAGGCGUCCUAACCCGUCAUUUUCAGCGUAUGCAACACCCGUACAUAAAGCCAGAGUGGCUAUUCACGGUUUGCGACAAUGGCAAUGUGCCUCUUUAUCGAUUGGAGGUCAAGAGCACGACCAGUCAAGAUCCCACUACUACCUUUUAUAUGAGUGGACAUCAGCACAAAUUAGCAGAGAAGCUGCGCAUCACUUCCGCGAUGCCGUCAGAAGUCUACGCCGUUCUGCGCAUCUCGGGCUUAGAUGCGUUGGCAGAUGGAGCAAGUCACCAGCCGCAGUGGAGGGUGUAUUUGGAUCCAUACACGCGCGGCGAGGAGGGCUUAUUGAAUUUUUCUGUGCCCACGUAUGCCGUCACAGCUCAGCGUUGA